AUGGCAGGAAUUGAUUACGAGACCAUCAAUGUUCAUCCAGGGAAAACUUAUCGAUUUCGUGUCCACAAUAUUGGAAUAUCUACUUGUUUGAACUUUAGAAUCCAAUCCCACAACCUUCUUCUUACAGAAACAGAAGGAUCAUACACAGUUCAGCAGAAUUAUACCAAUCUUGAUGUAUUUGUUGGGCAGUCCUACUCUUUCUUGAUUACUACGGAUCAGAAUGCAAGCACUGAUUACUACAUUGUAGCGAGCGCUAGGUUUGUAAAUGGAUCGAAAUGGGAUAGAGUUUUAGGGGUUGGAAUCCUUCAUUAUUCGAAUUCCAAAGGCAAAGCAUCUGGUCCUCUUCCUGAUCCUCCCAAUGAUAUUUAUGACAAAUCAUAUUCUAUGAAUCAGGCAAGAUCAAUCAGGUGGAAUGUGACUGCUAGUGGUGCCCGUCCAAAUCCCCAAGGUUCUUUUAGGUAUGGUUCCAUCAAUGUGACCCAAGUUUAUGUUUUAAAAAACAAGGCACCUGUGCUUAUUAAUGGAAAGCUUCGGGCAACACUCAAUGGGAUUUCUUAUUUACCUCCUGAGACACCGUUGAGGCUAGCCGACCAGUAUGAAAAGAAAGGAAUUUACAAGCUUAAUUUCCCUACCAAGCCACUUCCAGGACCACCAAAAAUUGCAACUUCUAUUAUUAAUGGUACAUACAGGGGUUUCAUGGAGAUUGUAUUCCAGAAUAAUGAGUCUAGAGUUCAGAGUUAUCACCUGGAUGGAUAUGCAUUCUUUGUUGUUGGGAUGGAUUUUGGAGAGUGGGCUGAGAAUAGUAGAGGCACAUAUAAUAAAUGGGAUGGUGUUGCACGUAGCACAAUUCAGGUUUAUCCAGGAGCUUGGACUGCUGUGUUGGUUUCACUUGAUAAUGUUGGUACCUGGAAUUUGCGCUCGGAAAAUCUUGAUUCGUGGUACUUAGGACAGGAGACCUACAUUAAGGUUUUCAACCCUGAGAGCACAAACAAAACUGAAAUGCCUCUACCUGAUAAUGCUCUUUAUUGUGGACUCCUUGACGACAUGCAAAAGCAACAGAAACCUCAUGGGCAGGCGUUGGAGUACUCAUCAACAACCAUUCGAGGAGGAAGUGCUACGGUUUUUGCAGCGGUGGCGCUCUUAGCUGCACUCCUUUUCUUGUUUUAACAUUAGACUCUUCAGAUUGCCGCGAAGCUUAUAUCAGUGUUAUGUUUUUUUUAUCAUUAUUUUUUAUUUCAUUUUUUUUUUUUUUAUUUUGGAUUUGUAGGAGCAUGAUUUAUCAGCUGGGUUUUUUAUUAGGUUAUUUCAGUGUUCACGGUGUUUCUC